AUGACCACAAGAAUAGAAAGUGGUGGAUCUCAGUUGGUAGCUGCCCUAGGGGAGACUUGGGGUCACUGUCCAACCAUGAGACUCACUCUACACUGGUCAGGACGAGUGCGAGUUGCUUCUCUCACAAAGGCCCCACACAGGAAUAAUGCUUCUAUUCAGUACCAGAUAACGAAAGCUGGCAUUCGUGAUAUAACUCCCUUUAUGGCUGAUGCAAGUACUCCAUUGACAAUGGAUUCUCCUGACAGAAAAAAGAGAAAAUUAAGCACUUCAAUGUAAUUUUACUUCAAAGGUCUUACCAGAAACACUGCUGUGGUGAAAAAGGCCAUAUAUCAUCCAUUUAUGUAUUUUUUAGUCCUAUAGUUAUUAGAUAAAAUUUGUAGUGUUUUCUAUUGAGCAAGAUAUAUAUGUAUAUAUUGUUUUAGCAAAGGAUUUUUUUUAUUUUUACAAAAAAAAAAA